AUGAAGUUCACUCUUUCUGCUUGCGUUGCCGUCCUGGCUGCCAUCGCCGAGGCUCGUGUCCAAUUCACCAACAGCAACUUCGUUGUUGAGGCCGGCAAGCCCUUCGAGCUCACCUGGUCCGGCGCCACUGGUCCCGUCACCAUCUCCCUCAAGGAUGGUCCCUCCACCAACCUGAGGACCGUUGAAACCCUCGUCAGCAACGCCUCUGGCGGCAAGGCCACUGUCACCCUGGACGCUUCUCAGCUCAAGUCUGGCACCUAUGCCUUCGGCAUCAAGGACACUUCUGGCGAGCCCGAGAACUACUCGCAGCAGUUCAACAUCGUUGGUACCGGUUUGGCCUCAACCACUGCUUCUGGCACCACCACCGCCGCUUCCACCACUGCCGCCUCGUCGACCGCCAGCAUGUCCACUCUCUCCACCACUGCUCGUCCCACUGCUGCCAAUGUAUCUUCCACCGCGUCUUCCACCGCCAACUCUUCGUCUACCGCUGCUAGGACCAGCGCUACCUCUACCCCCGCCUCUACCACCGCUAGCUCGCCCCCCAACACUGGUGCUGGCUCUCAGCUCCAGUCAUCGCUGGCUCUGGUCUUCCUCGGCGCUGCUGCUUACGUUUUCCUGAACUGA